CAGGUGGUUUUUCUGAAGGACAUUGUGUGUUACCUGUCCCUACUGGAGAGGGGCACACCAGAGGACAAGCUGGAGUUCAUGUUCCGGCUGUACGACACAGAUGGCAACGGAGUACUGGACAGCUCGGAACUGGACCGCAUCAUCAAUCAGAUGGUCCACGUGGCAGAGUACCUGGAAUGGGACUCUGCAGAGCUGCGACCGAUCCUGAAGGAGAUGAUGGAAGAGAUAGACUAUGACCGGGACGGAACAGUCACUCUGGAGGAGUGGAUCAGAGGAGGCCUCACCACCAUCCCUCUGCUGGUCCUGCUGGGCAUGGAGACGAAUGUUCAGGAAGAUGGUCAGCAUGUGUGGAAACUGAAGCACUUCAACAAGCCAGCCUACUGUAACUACUGCCACACCAUGCUGCUGGGAGUUCGCAAGCAGGGCCUCUGCUGCUCCAUAUGCAAGUACACAGUCCAUGAACGCUGUGUGUCCAAAGACAUUUCUGCCUGCAUCAGCACCUACGCCAAGUCCCGCAGACACACCAAUGCCAUGCAGCAUGUCUGGAUGGAGGGAAACUCUCCCACUAAGUGUGACCGCUGUCACAGAAGUAUCAAGUGCUACCAGGGCUUAACGGGCCUACACUGUGUGUGGUGUCAGAUCACUCUCCACAAUAAGUGUGCGUCCAACAUGAAGCCGGAGUGUGAUGGAGGAGCCCUUAGAGACCACACUCUACUCCCCUCCUACAUCUGCCCUGUCGUCCUGGACCGUCAUUCUGUUGUGAAGCGGGGUGAAGGGGACUCCCCGCCCAGCAGCAGCCCUGACAACAUGAGUCAGAGCUUGAAAUUCACAGGAGACGGACAAGCACUGCAGAUCACUCCUCUCCCAGGUACACAUCCCCUCCUGGUCCUGGUCAACCCAAAGAGUGGAGGGAGACAGGGGGAGCGGGUAUUGAGAAAGUUCCAGUACCUGCUGAACCCCAGGCAGGUGUACAGUCUCGACCGAGGGGGACCCAUGGUGGGGCUCAACUUCUUCCAUGAUGUCCCUGAUUUCCAGGUGCUGGCGUGUGGAGGGGACGGGACAGUGGGAUGGAUCUUAGACUGUAUUGACAAGGCCAACUUUGCAAAAGAUCCCCCUGUGGCUAUCCUCCCUCUGGGCACAGGGAACGACCUGGCAAGAUGUCUACGCUGGGGCGGAGGUUAUGAGGGAGGCAGCCUGCUGAAGUUCCUGCGGGACAUAGAACACAGCACAGAUAUGAUGCUGGACCGAUGGAACAUCGACAUUAUCCCUGUAGACAAGGAGGAGAAGGGAGACCCAGUCCCCAACAGCAUCGUCAACAACUAUUUCUCCAUCGGAGUGGACGCCUCCAUCGCUCACCGCUUCCACUUGAUGAGAGAGAAGCACCCAGAGAAAUUCAACAGCAGAAUGAAGAACAAGUUGUGGUACUUUGAGUUUGGCACCACUGAGACCAUCUCUGCCACGUGCAAGAAACUCAAUGAGUGUAUCGAAGUCGAGUGUGACGGUAUCAUCCUGGACCUCAGCAGCACGUCAUUGGAAGGCAUCGCCGUCCUCAACAUACCCAGCAUGCACGGUGGCUCCAACCUGUGGGGAGAGACCAAGAAGAGGCGGAACUACAACCGCAUGAGCAGGAAGGUUCCGGAUAGGAUGCCCACCAGUACCAUCAUCGAUAUAAAGGAGCUCAAGUUCUGUGUUCAGGACCUGAGUGACCAGUUGCUAGAGGUGGUGGGUCUGGAGGGCGCCAUGGAGAUGGGGAAGAUCUACUCAGGCCUAAAGAGUGCAGGUCGCAGACUGGCCCAAUGUGCUAACGUUACCAUCAGGACGUCCAGGCUGCUGCCCAUGCAGAUCGAUGGGGAACCUUGGAUGCAGCCCCCAUGCACGAUCAAUAUCACACAUAAGAACCAGGUUCCCAUGCUACUGGGCCCUCCUCAGAAGACCCCCUUCUUCUUCUUCAAGAGACGCAACAGGAGUCGGGACUGA